UAAAACAAUGGGCGACAGGUCAUGUUGUUCCACGACUGUCUGGUAUAGAUAUGCUAACUCCAAGUUUCAAGGGAAAAACAUGUCCAACUCUAUUCAUGAAGUUUCUAUAAAUUGACAACGUUUGUAAUAGAUUAGACAAACCAUGGCUUCAUCAAAGUCUUCCAUGGAAGCGCAUCUCGAGCUUUAUGAAAUCAUUCUAUCAGCAGCCAAGCCCAUGGCCCUUCAAGCUGCUGUUUUGCUUAACAUUCCUGACAUUAUUGCCAUGCAUGGUAUUGAGAAUCCCCUCUCUGUGGACCAAAUUGCUUCUCAUAUUUUUACUUCCACCAAUAAACCUGCCCAUACUGAAUACCUGUUUAGAAUCAUGAGGCUUCUGGCUUCCAUCGGUGUGUUCACAGAAGAGACUACAGUAGAUUAUGGUGGUACUCCCCUAUUCAAAUAUGGCCUCACCGGCCUCUCUAAGUUGCUGGUUAAAAAUGAUGCCCAAAAAUCCUGUGCACCCACUGUGUUGGCCAUUAAUCUAAAGUGCAUAAUAGAUGGGUAUCAGCAUCUUCAUGACUCUGUCAUAGAAGGCUGCCCUGCAUUCACCAAAGCCAAUGGCAUGGGUAUAUUUGAGUACAUGAGCAAUAAUCCUGAAGCAAACAGGAUUUUAAACGAGGGCAUGGCGACUAAUACUGGCCCUUUAGUGGCUCAUGUAGUGAAGAUUUAUGAUGGGUUUAAGAACUUCAAGAGUGUGGUGGAUGUUGCAGGAGGGGUAGGGUCUGCCAUAUCUGUAAUAGUUGCAGAAUAUCCCCACAUUCAUGGCAUCAAUCUCGACCUACCUCAUGUCAUAAGGACUGCAUCUCCCAUACAAGGAGUAGAGCAUGUGGAGGGCAAUAUGUUUGAGCAAAUUCCUUGUGCAGAUGCAAUUUUUAUGAAGUGGAUUUUACAUGACUGGGAUAAUGGACAGUGUUUAAAAAUCUUAAAAAACUGCUAUGAAGCAAUACCAGAGGACGGGAAAGUAUUAAUUGUGGAUGCAGUUAUUGAUGAUGAUGGGGGGAUGAAGAGGCAAGCAGGAUUGUUGCUUGAUAUGUGUAUGAUGGCUGCUUCUAUCGGUGGGAAAGAAAGAACACGGAAAGAAUUUGAGGACCUGUUUUACAAAGCAGGGUUCAACAGUUACAGUGUCAUUAAAUUACCUUUCCUUCCAUCAUUCAUAGAAAUUUCUAAAUAGUCAGUGGGGAGCACUAACAGAAAAUCUGGAUCAUAUAUGCAUGAUAAUUUUAAACCACAUGCAGUAUUUCUUACCUGACAAGUUUGGAAUUACCUUUCACUCAGUAUUUAUUUUACUAUAGAAGUAGUAAUCUUGAAAGAUGUGAUAUAGGAUAUUUUGUAAUUUUGCAGCAGAGAAUGAAUAUAUAUACACUUUAUCUUAAA